GAGCCAAGGUUGGAUUUCUAGAAACUUCUGGAACAGCGAUGUAGGCUUCCCUACAACGCUAUCCAACUUAAGCCAAAAAUAUAGUCCAUUGGCAGAAAGUUUUUGGACAGCGAUGUUGACCCAGCAACAGCGCUGUCAGGCCAAAACUUCCAUCUUCAAAGGCAGACCUAAACAGCGAUGUUCUACCCAGACUGAGACCCGGGAAAAACGUCACAUCGGGCUUGAAGAUGAAGAGGAAGAUUCGGAGCCCGCGCCGCACCGCCAGAAGAGACACCACGAGUGUAACUUCAUCAUUGGAGGGAAUACUAGCGGAGAUUCAGCCACGAGCCGGAAGAAGUGGGCCAACGCGGCAAUGGUGAAUAAGGUGCUGGUCCCAGAAGGGGAUACUAAGGUCACCCGGAAGCUGGACAUGGAAUUCGUAGUGGUGGGGAUAAUCUCCAAUACUAAUAUCAUCCUGGGCCGCCUCGGAUUGGAAGAUCUAGAGUGUGUCAUUUCACCUCGUCACCUGUGCAUAAAGUUCCCAACCCCCCACGGAGUUGGAAUCGCCAAGGGAUCUCAGAGAGUGUCCCGGGCGUGGUAUUUAAAGGCGACCAAACAGCCUAUCAAGUACGAUACCCAAGUGGGAGAGGUGACUGCACAGCUCUUAAGGGCCGAGGAGAGACGUCCCAGAGUAGAAGUUGUCGGCGACAUUGAGGAAUUUGAACUAGAGCCGGGCACGCCGGGGAGGAAGGUCUUUGCAUGGAGUCCAGCUGAUAUGCCAGGGCUGGAUCACAAGAUUGCAGUUCAUCGCCUUAAUGUCCUGCGAGAUGCUAAACUGGUGAAGCAGAAGCGAAGGCAUUUGUCGCAGGAAAGAAGAGAUUUCGUGAAGAAGGAGAACGCGGAAGCUGAUGUUCUAUCCAAGCUCAGCGCAGAAUCACCAGAGUACAUAAGAAAAUUAGCAACUGUGGAGGAGCUGGCAACCCCGAGUCUUAACAGAGAUGAAAUGUUCUGGGUGUUAGCCGAUCCUCCUGAAUGGUUGGACAGGUUGGCUAAAUACAUUGAGGACGGCGUAGCCCCGGAGGAUCCCCAAGAAGCGCAUUUGCUGCGAAUGAGCGCACCCACCUACAAGGUGCACGAUGGAGUCCUCUAUAAGCGAUCUUAUAACAGUGUUUUACUCCGCUGCCUCAGGGCUGCGGAGGCAAAGGCAUUGAUGGAAGAGAUACACGAAGGCGUAUGUGCUGCACAUCAGGGUCCAUACUCUAUUUCCAGAAGGGCGAUUAUCCAGGGAUAUUUUUUGCCAACGAUGAGAAAGGAUUGCGAAGAGUAUCUGCGCAAGUGCCCAACUUGCCAACAAUUCCAGAAUAUGCCCGGGAGGCCAGCCACGAACUACACGCUCAUCAGCUCUGUGAUUCCCUUCUCAACAUGGGGGAUUGAUAUUGUGGGUGCCCUGCCAAAAGGGGUUGGGCAGGCAAGAUGGAUCGUUGUGGCCAUAGACUAUUUUACCAAGUGGGUGGAAGCUGAGCCACUUGCCGGGAUAACUGGGAGGCAGAUGAUUGACUUCGUCGGAACUAAUAUACUUUGUAGGUUUGGAGUCCCGAAACAGAUCAUAUCUGACAAUGGAACCCAGUUUGAGGAAGCAGAGUUUCAAGACUUCCUCAAAACUUGGGGAAUUCAUCAUACGAAAGUGUCUGUAGCAUACCCUCAGGCUAAUGGACAGGUGGAGAACGUCAACAGGACAAUCAUAAGUGGGAUAAAAAAGAAGUUGCUUUCAGAAGGAAGUAAAUGGGUGGAUGAAGUACCCAGAAUCCUGUGGACAUAUAGGACAACUCCAAGGAGGGCUACGGGCGAUACUCCAUUUGGUUUAGCCACAAAAUUUGUGGCAAUUUAAAAUUUGCCACAAAAUAGUAUACUUACUGUAGCAAAUUUAUAAAGUUGCUACUAUACC